AUGCGUUCAAUCCUUGGUGAUGCUGACAUCGUUCGUUCCCUCGUCAUGUUACUGUCACUACGUCAACACUUGUUAAAUGGUGGAAAGUCGUAUGGCCCAGUCUGCAUGUCGAAUUCUCCUAUCGUUAUGGAGAUACUGGCAAAUUCGGGAUACAAUCAUAUGAUAAUCGAUCACGAACAUGCUCCCACCGACAUUGCCAGCGGUCAAACUUUAUUGCAAGCCAUUGAUGUUGUACGAUCCACAACUUCGAAUUCAAUUUUUCCAAUCGUCCGGGUUCCUGAUCACAGUCUAAGCUAUUUGAAAAAGGUACUCGAUUCAAUGCGAUUACCGGGGGGAGUCCUUGUUCCGAUGAUUGAGGACAAGGAAACUGCCGAAGUCGUGGCAGCAGCCACCAAGUAUCCUCGCCAAGUAAAUUCCGACUCAUCUGUAGAUGGGAUUCGUGGCUGUGCAAUUCCCUUUGUUCGGGCAAGUGGCUAUGGUACCAAUCCAAACUACAUGAAAGAGAGUGAUCGUGAUCUAUUGGUAAUGGUUCAAGUUGAAACCAGCAAAGGGGUAGAGGCAAUACCCGAAAUCAGUUCAGUUCCUGGUAUUGAUGGCAUCUUCAUUGGUCCUUUUGACCUUUCUUGUAGCAUUGGCAAAACUGGCCAGUUUGACGAUCCCGAGGUCAAAGAUUUGAUCCACAGAGCCGAACGAAUGGUUGUAGAAUCAGACUGUUUUCUAGCUGGGUUCCGCUCUGGGGGGAGAGAUCUGCGUGAAAUGUACGAAAAGGAUGGUUAUAGUUUAGUCUGUGGAUCUAUCGAUCUGGGAUUGUUGAAAACCGCCGCAUUGGAGGAUGCUCGGGUUGCCAAUGAUAUUUUACAUGGGGACAAAAAGCAAAAGUAG